UAUGGAUGAAGGGUCGUUCUCUUGAUUAUGGUCCUUCACGCGCACCUGCUCCUAAAUUGAUACCCAUGGAGGUUCCUAUACGUGUGCACUACCACAACCGUCCACCUUGGUUUAAAAUGAAUGUAUUUUCAAAAUGUGAUCAUAAGUGCUACCUGACCUCUGGAGGGGAUUUUUCUAGCAGUGAUGUUGUUGUAUUUCAUACAACAUACGUAAGAGAAAUGCAUCGACGUAAGAAAUUGGGACAAAUAUGGGUGUUCCAUUCAUUAGAACCACCAUGGUUACAUUGGAGUAAAUAUAAUAAUUGGAAACUUGAAUUUAAUUGGACAAUGAGCUACAGAAGAGAUUCGGAUAUUGUGAUAACAUAUGGUAAUUUUAAAACAAGAAAUAUCAAACAAAGCAACUUGGAUAAAGAAAUGAAUGAGUUAGCUGAAAAAUGGCAAAAUAAAUCGAAUAAUAUAGCAUGGAUGGUUUCUAAUUGUAGAACGGCUGGGAAACGUGAUAAAUAUGUCAAUAUAUUUAAGAAGAUGACACCAGUGGAUGUAUACGGGAAGUGCGGUGAUAAAAGGUGUGGUAGCUCCGAAACUGCAGGGUGCUUAAAGUCGUACAAGUUUUAUCUGUCGUUCGAAAACCAAUUAUGUGCGGAUUACAUAACAGAGAAGAGUUACAAACUUUACGACUCCGAGUUGAGUUCAAUACCAAUAACACGAGGUGGUUCUAACUACUCCAUGCAUCUUCCUCCUGGAUCGUAUAUAGACACGUCUAAAUUUAGAAGUAUUUCUCAUCUUAACAACUACAUCAAUUCUUUAUCCAGGAACAUCACAAAAAUUAUGGAGUUCAUGAAAUGGAGAAAGUACUACCGGGUUUAUAGAGAUAUACAACAACACCAGUACUGUGAGCUUUGUCGGCGGCUUCACUUGGCUGAUUCUGAGAAGUACAAGCGACUAUAUAGAGACAUCGGAGAGUGGCAACGAGGGGAUAAAAUAAAACGCAAAAUUUGUAAAAAGGCUCACGACCUGAUAUAAAAGGAUGAGAGGCGACGGUAAAAACAAAGGUUGUUGUGAACGCGUAUUCCACACAAAAUGAGGCUGAGUGAACAUAAAAAUCACGUUGAAAUCUCGUUGGAUUUGCUUAUAUGUGGGUAGAGCAGGGAACACUAAAGACAGUAUUAAUACAACAGAGACCAAAAACGUGUUAUGUGCAGGAAUAGCAAAAUGAAACAGCGCAAUGAGUUUGGGCUGUUCGUCAAUGUAUCUAUUCUAUUCCUAUUGUAUCUAUUUUUUAAUUGAAAGAUUACCUAUAGCUAAUAACUAGUAUCAUAUAGAAAUUUAGAAAGAUUUUCAAUGGAAUCUUCUCCCAUGCUGAAAUUAAGAAGCUGAGAGAUGAUAUUGGUCAAAUCCACAAACGUGUAGAUAAACGGAAUUAAAGCCGGCGGUAUCAAAUAUAUGUCGGUCUUCUAGCAUGUCUUUGUAUGUGUUCUCUGUUCGGAUGUGAUAGGCUAGAGAGAGACAGUGUUUGUAAAAAGUAGAAUUGUUCACGCUCCGCUUUGCAUUGAUGUACAGUGCAGUUGUAAAGGAAAUCAUCCAUCCAAAUUUGGUGUAAAAAGUCAUUUUGGGGAGGGUAAUCAUAUUUAUAUGUAUACAUGAGGCUUGUCCAACCCCUGUGACUACAGUGGCGGGGGCCCGAAUAGGGAAGUUUGGUGAAUUUAAAACCCUACUCUUCUUCUACCCUUGGGUGGAUAGCGUCCUAAUUUGGUUUGAAACAUCAUAGGGGGAUGGCAAUCACAAUUUUUAUAAAUGAGGCUUGUGGGGCCCCUAGAGACAGAGGGGCGAGGCCACAAAAUGAGAACUUAGCAAAACUUUUGCUUUAAAAUCGUACUCUUUCUCAAUGCCUAUAUUGAUUACAACCAAAUAUGGUUUGAAACAUCUUAAGGAAACAGCAAUCAUAAUCUAUAUAAAUGAGACAGGUCUGAGCCCUGGGGAAAGAAGGGUGGGGCGCCCAAAAGGAGCAUUUAGAUUAAAUAUUGCUUUAAAAUGCUACUCCUCAUUAAUGACUUAAUUUAUUUCAAUGAUAUUUACAUGUAGUAUGAAACAGCCUUGGGGAAGGGAAAUCCCUAAUUUGAUAUAAAUGAGGCUUGUCCCAUCCAAAAAAUGGGAACUUGGCUGAUAUUUUGCUUUAAGAUGAUGCUGCUCCUGCAUUAAGCCAAAAUGGAUAAAAACCAGAUUUGAUCUGAAACAUAACUGGCUGCGUAUAUAGAAUGCUGGAUUAAGGGGGUGUCCCUGCCGUAAGUGUUUGUCAGAUGACCGUUAAGGCCCAUGGGCCUCUUGUUCUUCUUAAAUUCAUCCCCCCAUUUCCUGAUUUAUUUCCCUUUGUUAUGAGUUGUUGUGCUUCCUUACUACUGACAGUUGACUGUUUUAUGUUGUGUCCCCCGAAAAUCUUGAUAGUAUUAGUUGGCUGAGGACGUGACAAGUUAGGGCUGACCAGGUAAUUGUAGAAAACAAAGUAACUCGUCCUAUUCUACCGGUCAACAUUGCUAUAUUUCUUAAAAGGACUAAAGGUUCAAAAGUAUUUUAUGAUUUGUUAAACACUAAAAAAAACUCUAGUCGCCAAAGGCAAAGAAAAAUGGGGAGAAAUCUUUAAUUUUAAUCAGGAGGACUGGUUGAUUGUGUACACACUGCCUUAUCAAAUUACUAAAAACUCCAAACUUCAGUGGUUACUUGUAGAUAGUCCUCUUUGUAAUCUUUGUAACUCUGAAAUAGAAACCAUUGAACAUUUAUUUUGGGAAUGUGAUCAAGUUCAAAAUCUUUUACAGCGUUUAGAUUUGUUAUUGGAAGCUCUUUUUAUUCCUUUUACUUUAAACAAACAAACAAUACUUUUUGGCAAGAUUAAUUCUUAUAACCCUGCAUUAUACAAAAUUGACAAUCAAAUAAUUUUACUAAUAAAGCAAUAUAUUUACAGAACUAGAUGUAUACAUAAGUCUCUCAACAUCAAUGCAUUGAUUUAUUCUAUACUUGAUCACUAUAAAGUACAGAAAUACAUCACUAACAUUAAAGGGCAGGGAGCUAAAGAAAAAAUUGUGAAUGGUUGGAAGAAGUAGGAAUAAUUGAUACAAAUUUUACAAUGACAUGCUUAUUAUUGUACAUGCAUAUAUAUCGCUUAUAUAUAUAAUAUAUGACAUAAAAAAAGUACAUGAAAAUGUUGAUUUUCGUCUGUGUAACUUUACUUUAAUUUUGGUAUUUGCUUUACUAUUUACAUGUAUAUAUUACUAUAACAACAAUUAUAUCAUUGAACAGUCUUGAGUAAAUUGAGUUAAUCUCAGUGUUCUUCACCAGACCCUGACAAAUGCCAUUUGAUGCUUCUAUUUUCUAAAAAAUUCUAUUUUUAAAUAUAGCUCACCAUUCAGAUAAAUUUAAUAAUUACAUGCUCUCUCUCUCGCUCUCUCUCUCUCUCUCCAUUUAUAUAUACACAUAUUUCUUUCCUGUUUUGUGUAGGUGUGCGUAUGUGAGGAUGAAUGUUAAUGUGUGUGUGUGUUUGUGCUCUGCUGUAUGAGUGAAGUGUGAGUGGGAAUUAUACAUAAUGUAGUGAAUUAAAUGUCAAAAAUAAGCAAUUACAGUUAUUUAUGUAUGUAAAUAUAUUAGUUGUGUGCAAAGGUACGAGUGUAUAUGUAUUAUGCAUAUAUAAUGUAAUGUUGCAUGGCGAUGAUGACUUAAUUAUGUAUGUAUAGGUGUGAUGACAAUAGUGAUUUUGGUCACUAUGUGAAAUAAUUAUGAAUUAGCGCGUGUAAGAUGAUGAUGUAGCGCGUGUAAGAUGAUGAUGUAGCGCGUGUAAGAAGAAGAAGAAGAAGAAGAAGAAGAAGAAGAUGAUGAUGAUGAUGAUGAUGUAAUCAUAAUUUCAUGUGCGAGUGUAUGUGUUAUAUUUUUAUAUUA